GUAAAUUUGAACCAGUCCUAACUAGAUUUUUUUUUUUUGGGAAGAAGAUUAACUAGGCAUUUCUGUUGUAGUUUAAUGCGCCUCGCAAAUUGCCAUUUAAACGUGUCGAUGCACUCACUCAAUGAGUCAAUUCCUGAUCCACGGUAAUUAAAACAGCCAAACUAAAGCAUCAAUCCAAGAAAUUCACGAAACAAUAAGUCGCAACUCCCUUCACCGAUUGAGUUGAAGCAACAAAAUCGAAUUACAGUUUUAAAUCAGGUUGAUUAAAAGGCAAACAAAAGGAAGGUGAUGUGCAUCACUGUAUUUCUAUGGCAAGCUCAUCCACUCUACCCUUUUCUUCUACUCCUUAAUCGUGACGAAUACCAUUCUCGGCCAACAAAACCAGCAGGAUGGUGGGAAGGAGAAGACAUAAUUGGCGGAAAAGACGAGGUUGGAGGUGGGACAUGGUUGGCUUGUUCUAAAAAUGGAAGAGUAGCUUUUCUUACUAAUUUUAGAGAAACCGAAUCUCUUCCUUCUGCUAGGACUAGAGGUGACUUGCCUGUUCGUUUUCUUAAGUGUAAGAAAGAUCCUGCUGAAUUUGCUGAUGAGAUAAUACAAGAGUCUGACCAGUAUAAUGGAUUUAACUUGAUACUGGCAGAUCUUCACUCCAAAACCAUGGUGUACGUGACCAACAGGCCAAAAGAAAAUAAACCAUCUGCCUUGCAAGUUUCACCUGGCAUUCAUGUUUUAACCAACAGCAGUUUAGAUUCACCUUGGCCUAAAGCUCUACGACUUCACCAUAACUUUAAGGAGCUCAUGGACACAUACGAUGAAGGUGAAGUACAUGUGAAUGAAAUGGUCGAAAAUCUGAUGAUGGAUACAACAAAAGCAGACAAAAGCUUACUUCCAGGAAUUUACCCUCCCCAUUUUGAGUAUCAACUAAGUUCCAUUUUCAUUGACUUUAAUUCUCCGAAGGGAAGGUAUGGCACCAGAAGCAUUUCUGCUGUGCUUGUCAAGGACAGUGGAGAAGUUUGCUUCCAUGAGCGGUACCUUGAGGAUGACUCCUGGAAGGAGCAUGCAAUAACAUACCAAAUAGAGUAAGAAGUUAUCAAGUUAUUUUCUCUUGGAUAUAUGUGAAAAGUUGGUUAAAUUAUGAUAGAGAUCUGUAUAAUAAUUAGUUAUGCUUUGUUGUUCAGUUAAAUCAUCAGCAAAAGAAAAAAUAGUACUGUAGUUAGCUCAUAAGUCCAUGGUACCAUACCUCAGCUUGUAAUUAGUCAAAUGGAUAUUGCAAUGUACAAAGUUUUUCAUACCAACAAUCCAACAUACAUUUUUGUUUUUUUUUUAAAAAAAAAAUAUAUUUCCCUGUAUCAGAAUUAAUAACAUAUGAUAAUGUUGUAUCAGUUCUGCUAUUUA